AACUACUUCCAAAUGCUAUCAUCUCGGGGACACAGAAAUGUCCAGGAGCUAGGUGUUCCCUGGCGUUUCAGCCACACUCAGACCUAUGACCCAGAGACAAAUCCAACGGGACUCAUCUCAUUUGGACUAGCAGAGAAUAAACCAAUGAGAGCCGAGAUAGCCAAAUACAUCAACGAAAAGGUGACCUUUACCGAAGACUCAAUAAGCUACCGCUCCAGUGCACCAACGGCUGCAAGAUUACCAGCCGCAGCAGCAACCCACUUAAACAACAUUCUAAGUCCAAAUGUCCCAAUCCAAUCCGAGGAUGUCGUGGUCGCAGAUUCGGCUACUUCCCUGGGUAAUAUGCUAGGAUAUAGUCUGGCAGAACGCGGGGAUGGAAUCCUCGUCAACAGGCCUGUAUAUGGCAGAUUCGAGCUCGACUAUGGUGUUGAGGCAGGUGUUGAGGUGGUGUAUGCUGAUACCGCGCCAGAGGAGGCGUUCUCUCCAGCGUCCGUUGAUAAGUAUGAACUAGCUUUGGAGGCUGCGAGGGAACGUGGGAUGUGGAUUCGGGCGGUUUUGCUUGUUAACCCGCAUAAUCCAGUAGGACGCUGUUAUCCAGUCGAGACACUAAAGGCAAUCGCCCGAUUCUGUCAGAAGCAUGGUCUCCAUCUGAUCAGCGAUGAAGUCUAUGCGUCCUGUUUUUUUGAAACAGAUGACCCAGAUGCCGUUCCAUUUACUUCGAUACUUUCACUCGGUCUCGCUGGAUUGAUAGAUCCUAGCCUCGUCCAUGUGUUAUACGGCUUCAGCAAGGAUUUUGCUUCUGGGGGUCUACAUCUUGGAUUCCUAGUGACUCAGAACAAAAAGCUUCGUCAGGCCUGCCAAGCAAUCCUGAGACUCCAUGGUGCAUCUCAGGCAGCUGUCACAAUCGGAACAACAAUUCUAGAAGACCAAGCCUUUGUAUCGAGCUUCACAACCAAAUCGAGGAGAAGUCUUGCAUCGGGGUACCAGCUCACCACAUCAAUGUUGGAAAAAGAAGGGAUUAGUUACAUCAAGGGCGGAAAUGCUGGCUUCUUUGUCUACAUUGACUUGUCACCAUACCUCCCAUCUGAGGAGGAACUAUCUCCCCGUGAAAGGGAGUUUAGUCUUGCGCAGAGACUUGUUGAUGCUGGUGUAUUUUUGCAUCCGGGGGAAGAGCAUUCGAAGGAUGUUGGGUGGUUUCGGUUGGUUUUCUCUCAGGAGGAGGAUAUCCUGAAGGAAGGGUUUAGAAGGUGA